AGUAAAGAAGAAGCAGUACCUCUUCUCCCUUUCCAAUAAAUUAGGGUUUCUUCGAUCGAAUUGGCGACAAGCAGGAUCAUUUUCUUCCGACAACAGUCCAGAUUUGUCUCUCUCCGAGUUUCGAAACAGUAAGCCCUUUACUUUACUUCACUUCGUGUCUGCAAAUCUUCUAACGGAUUUUGCUGUCAUUUCGAAAUUCAUAAUGCAUCUGCAAUGAAAUCUCUUGUUUAGAAGACAAUGUGGGGUUCGUUGAUCAAUAACAUUUUGUCUUUUUGAAAGCUAAAGAGGUGUGUUAAGCUAAAGGACAAGGAACAUAUCCGAAUCCAUAUAUGUUUUUUGCGAAACGUAUCUCAUAGUUUAUGUAGUUGGAGAGGUGUUUAAGCUUUGAUUUGGAGAGUCCUCAGACAUAUAUAGAAGCUAAGCUGUUGUGAGCUUCAGAUGGGUUCGCUCUGUUGUGUGGCUGCGAAGUCAGACAGAUCAAACUCUCCAAGUCAUGACUUUUCCUUUGGCCCUCAUGAGCCUUACUGGAGGACUAACUCAAGUUUCUCUCCACCUUCAUCGAGAUGGGAUCUCCAUGGUUUAACCGAUGGUGUUAGCUUCUAUGGAUCUUCCACAUCAUCAAACGCUAACGUUCUUCGUAGUCCCGACCUUGCACAGACUCUUCAUUGGACACCCAGUGACUUUGAAUCUGCAACAAGAAGAGAUCAAACUCCUAAGCGAUUUUUCCUGUCUAAGCCGGUUCAUCCUAUACUUCACCCUUCUGAUAACGCUAGAGAAAUAACGUCUGACUCUGCGGAUGCCUGCAGCUGGAGCAGCGAGACACCAAGCAGCAUCGAUUCCACGGAUGUUCCCGAGCCACUUCUUGAUGCACAACGAGUGGUGGCCUCAAGUACAUUUAAAUGCGGAUUGUGUAACAGAUACAUCUCGCAGAAGUCUCCUUGGGGAUCACGGUCCAUCAUGAGGAACAGAGACAUGCCUGUCACAGGAGUGCUUCCAUGUCAACACGUCUUUCACGCUGAAUGUCUUGACCAAUCUACUCCAAAGACUCACGGUAAUGACCCGCCUUGUCCGAUAUGCACCAAGCAGGAAGGAGAACACUCCAACAAAUCACACAAUAUUGGCCUGAGGCUUAAACCGCUUUGUGAAGAUGGGACGUCUACAAGACAAUGGGGAUGUGCUCAGGUUGGUGACUGUGUUGAGAGUGCUGUUAACGUGCCGCCGAGAAACACCAUGCUGAUGAUAAACAAGAACAGGAUAAGGAAGAAUCUCUCGUUGAGAGGAAACUCAAGCAAAGAUUCUCCAAGAAAAAUCAAGAAAAGUAACUCGUUUGCCUUGGAAAAUCAAGUGUCGCUUGUGCAUUCGAGAGGGAAACAGAAAGCAGCUUAAUGGUAGCUGGAGAACGUUUAACCUUUUGACAAGACUGAUCUUGGAAGAUCAUUAAAGGACUGUAAAAUAUUCAUUUUGGGAGAUGUGUAAGCAAAUUUGUUUAGGUCUUUGAUUGUUAUCUAUCAUGUAAUCAGCUAAAUUGAGUAAACCGGUUUGUGAUUCAUUUAACGGUUAAGUUCUUUCAAUAUUUAUUUUCUAAUUACAUGACUUGAAUGUGUCUAUUUCGUUUUCUGGUACAGUUCACUAUACAUUACUUUGACAAUGGUGGUGGUCGGUUCUUUUUUAUACUCUUUUUAAACCUCUAAUGUUGUUAAAUUCUAACUAACGCUGUUGCUUUGUCCACUCAGAGUUUUAGUUGGAACAGCAAAAAAAAGUUAAAAACCAUAAUUAUCCAGAAACUGACUUUAAGGCAUGGAUAUAUGAUUAUGAAAGGAAAAUUUCAUAAUUAUUCCAACAAAGAGACCAUCAUGAUCUCUAACCAUGCGCUCUCCUUAGCACCAAACUUUAUUUACUUAUCUAUGUUUGUUGACCAUUUUCUCAGAUCAUUAUGUCUACACUGUUACUGCCUUAAGAGACACAAAAUCAUCACUUAGCCUCACAACCUCUUCCAUUAUAAACCAAAUAAUCCUUUUGCUUCAGACAAAAACUCCUGUCUUUAAUUCUUUAAAACAUGUCUCCUCUUGUGUUUAUCUUCAUCAUUUCUAUGCUCAUUAACUUGUCACAUGGAGCAAUGCAAAUGCCUUACAUGACCUCUGAUCCUAGAGAAGUCUCCGGCAAGUCAUUCGAUUACAUCGUUGUUGGAGGUGGAACUGCAGGAUGCUCCUUAGCCGCAACACUCUCUGAGAAAUUCUCUGUUCUUGUCAUUGAACGCGGUGGCUCUCCCUUUGGUGAUCCAUUAGUAGAAGAAAAAAAAUACUUUGGAUACUCACUGCUGAAAACAGAUGAGUACUCAUCCGUUGCGCAAAGUUUCACCUCAAGAGAUGGAGUUGAGAACUACAGAGGACGCGUUCUCGGUGGAUCUUCCGCUAUAAACGGCGGAUUCUACAGCCGAGCUAGCGAAGAGUUUGUGAAGAAAGCUGGCUGGGACAAGGAUAUGGUCCAAGAAUCUUAUAAAUGGGUUGAGUCUAAGGUUGUCUUCAUGCCGGAGUUGACUCAAUGGCAAUCCGUUGUGCAGUUUGGGUUUCUUGAAGCGGGGUUUUAUCCUUAUAAUGGGUAUAACUUGGAGCACACGCAAGGGACGAAGAUUGGUGGAAGCAUAUAUGAUCAGUGUGGGAAGAGGCAUACAUCUGCGGAUCUUUUGGGGUUUGGGAGACCAAACCACAUCACUGUUCUUCUCAACGCGACGGUGAAGAGUGUGAUCUUCGAUGGUAGUAAUACACGUGCUGUUGGAGUUAGGUUUAUGAAGAGUGAUGGGAGCUCAAGUAAGAGCUAUAAAGUUCACGUUGAGAAGCGUAGAGGCGAGGUUAUACUUACAGCUGGAGCUUUAGGUAGUCCUCAGAUUCUCCUCUUAAGUGGAAUAGGACCUGAGGAUCAUCUGAAUGAUCUCAACAUCCCUGUAGUUGUCAACCUCAGAGAUGUAGGGAGAAGAAUGUCGGAUAAUCCAGCGAUCUCUCUUCUUGUUGAUAGAUUCUCUCAGAACCGCACACUCGAGCCACCUCAAGUGGCAGCUAUAGCAGAAGGUUACAAGUACAUACUCGAAUCCGAGGUUCUUCCAACGAACAUCACCACAACAAGGAUCUCUAUAGCAGCGAAAAUCGCGUUCCCCAAGUCCAGAGGAAGACUCAAGCUGAACAGCACUAACCCUAGAGAGAACCCUUCGGUGAAAUUCAAUUACUUGGGAAGCAAGGAAGACCUUGAGGCGUGCUUAGAGAUGGUUCUCCUUCUUCAGCACGUUGCUAGGUCAGAGACCGUGACUUUUUACCUAGGGUUGCAGAAUCGGGAGAAGCUUUUGGCUGGUGAUGAGGAGCUUAAGAGCUUUUGCAAGGACAAUGUGAGGACUUAUUAUCAUUACCACGGAGGUUGCGUUGUUGGAUCUGUUGUUGAUGAGGAUUAUAGAGUUAGUGGUGUGAGGAGGUUGAGAGUUGUGGAUGGCUCAACGUUUGAAGAGUCGCCAGGGACAAACCCUAUGGCUACGGUUUUGAUGUUGGGAAGAUAUCAAGGAAUCAAAAUGCUCAAAGAACGAGAAGCAGAGAAAGAAGGAGAUGAGAGUUUUCUUAGUCCCCAAGGAAGUCCACAGCCACAACCCUAGUCACUCUCUCCCUUAUUUUCAGACAGCAGUUACUUCAACCCUAUACAUUGAAAUCUCUGUUUUGUGUUGUUUGUGCAGUGAAUCAUGUUCUUGUAAUGAAUCUAUGUUCUUGUAAUGAAUCAAUUUCAGCAAA